CAGUUUUUCUUUUCAAAUACUAAAUUGCUUUGGGGACCGCACAUUCAGUGUUAUCCAUUCCAGCUUAUUUUUGCUGAUUCUGAACACAUCUUAACGCAAUGGAUAACCUAGUAUGUGAACUGAUUUUUGUUCUUGUCAUUGGUGUGUUUUCCGGCGAGGUUUGGUCGACCGGCGAAGUGGUUUACGCGGUAAAUAGCGGAGGACCGGCUCACACGGAUCUAAACGGCGUCCACUACCAAGCGGAUAAAUUGACAGUAGGGGUCUCCUCGGACUACGGGAAAAUGCUGACGAUCGGUCGAGUAGCACCUCCAGACCAAAUACUCUACCAGACAGAAAGAUACCAUCUCUCUAAUUUUGGCUAUACCGUUCCGAUCAAGGAAAACGGCGAAUAUGUAUUAGUGUUAAAGUUUUGUGAAGUCUACUUUCAAGCUCCUAGAUUGAAGGUGUUUGAUGUAUCAAUCAAUUCCCAUCCAGUUAUUCAAGGAUUAGAUAUUUAUGAGAAAGUUGGGAGAGGCAUUGCCCAUGAUGAAUAUGUUCCUUUCACUAUUCGCGACAAUCAGCUGAUUCACAACGGCAACACUAUGCCUUUUACUGGAACUGUUUAUGUAGAGUUUAUAAAGGGAGUGUAUGAUAACCCCAAGAUCAAUGCUAUGUUAAUAAUGAAGGGGACCUUGGAAGAUGUCCCUAAACUUCCUGCACUUCCUGGCCCUCAAGAUGAAGAAGAGGAGAAAGAGGAAGCAGAAGACACAUCUAAAGAAGAAAAGCCAAAGAAGCAACGCAAAACUUCUGGUCCAAAAGCAGUAGAUCCUUAUGCAAAUGACGACACUAGUAUGCUGUUCCCCAUCUGUAUUGCUAUCGGUGUAUUUCUUCCUACUUUGUUCUGUUUGUGUAGGUUGUAACAUGUUUUGAUUGCAGGACAAUUAGAAUUUUAUAUUGUUGCUGUGACAUUCUUCUUGUAACUUAGGGUUCGUAGGAUUUUUUAGUUUUUUGUUAAGAUUGCACUCUGAAAGUUUCAGAUUUACCUAGACAUUGUUAAAAAGAUUACAUUAAUCUUUUUGAUUUAAUGUCCAGAUUGGCUUAAAUGGAAUUGUAUUUAGUACACUAUGUUUCCUAUUUUACUAUUUGUCACUAAUUUUAAACUGGCAAUCAAGAGAAUGCUGAGUUAUUUAAAAAGGGACAUACUUCAGCUUUUCAUAUAUAACUUAAGCCUAAACAUAAUACCUAAAUAAAGUAUUUCUUAAAGUAAAUAAAUGCUGUUUUUAGUA